CCAAACAAGAAAGCCGAGAGCCUCUUCGCCCAAACGUGCUUGCUUGGUCUUCGUCUGUUUUCUUUUACUGCAAGUAGCCGCGGUUCGAGCCCAGGAAGAGGAAUCGGCCAACAGAAUGGACGGGCAGACGGAGGAACAGUUAGCCCAGCACACCUCGGUGUACGAGACGUGUUACCAGCGAAUGAGGACAGAACAACCGCCUAAUGAUGGCCACGCCUACUGUAACAUGACCUUUGACACCUGGGACUGCUGGAACUACACCCGCGCGUCGGAGACGCUAGUGCAGCCCUGCCCGGAAUGGAUACCCGAUUCCGAUCCGGCAAAGACGGCGAGCAAGAUUUGCAUGUCGGACGGUACGUGGUUUCGACAUCCGGAAACUAACGAAACCUGGACGAAUUACACUCAGUGCAUGUACCAUGUCGAAUUGGAAAGCAACAUUCACUUUAUCUAUUACCUAGGCUAUGGCUUGUCUGUCUUCUCGCUCUGCGUCGCGAGCUUCAUCUUCUUCUACUUCAGGAGCCUAGGGUGUCCCCGAGUGACCAUACACAAGAAUCUCUUCAUCUCCUUCAUUCUGUGCGGGAUCGUGUGGAUUCAGUGGUUUGCUCUGGUCACGCAGAACCCGGACCUCAUCGCAGACAACCCCCCAUUUUGUAAAGUCCUACUGGUGCUCGGUCAGUACUUUAACACCUGCAACUAUUUCUGGAUGCUCAGCGAGGGUCUGUACCUCCACACGGUGAUUGUGGUGGCAGUGUUCUCAGAAAACCACCGACUGCACUGGUACUACAUCAUAGGAUGGGGUCUUCCAGUGAUUCCCGUUGCUAUGUACACCGGCCUAAUGGUGCACUUCAACACAGGAUUGUGUUGGCUGCAAGCGAGUUCGUACGAGUGGUGCGUCGCUAGCUUUAUAAUUUUAGUCCUCGUUAUAAACCUGGUGUUACUGUUGAACAUCGUGCGAGUGUUGGUCACCAAACUACGGGCAACGCCCGCGUCAGGUUCGGGGAGUACUUACACGAGAGCGGUCCGAGCCACCCUCAUCCUUCUUCCACUUCUUGGAUUGCAUUACCUCAUCUUUCCCGUUAGGCCUGCCAACGGUUCGGUAGCCGAGGCCUUCUAUGAAUACUUCAUGGCAAUCUUGUUGUCAUUUCAGGGCUUCUUUGUCGCCUGCAUAUUCUGUUUCUUCAACGGUGAGGUAAAAAUGCAAAUUCGACGCAAAUGGUACUCAUAUCGCUGGGGGCACAGAGGGAGUGUGUUCGGCGGUCGGUACGGCAACAUGAACACGACAAUAACCGAGACAGUGUCGACCAUGUCCCCCAACGACAGACGGAGUAUGGACAAAGGGCAGAACAGCCCGCUGCUGAACAAAGCGCCCCCUGCCGCCCAGAAUAGCCUGGGGAACGGUAAGACGGUGCGCUCUUCCGGGGGUCGAGAGAUCGUAACCGACGUGGACGAUACGAAGGACCAAGGGGAGCUUGACUCAAGCCCCAGCCCCCGGGAGACUUACAGCCUUGAGAACAAUAGCAGUUGGGACUGCAACGCGAACCCAGAACAAGAUGUCUGCCCGAGCAUACUGAUCGAAGACCACGACGAACAAUCGUCCAAGACGACGGAGGUCUGACGAGAAGACGCGAGACUUUAAAAAUAUAUAAUUGUAUAGAAAAACGGCAGCUAUACGACUUGGAACUGUAAAUAUUUUGAGUGGUGCGAAAAAAAGAUCUCUUAUGGCGUUGUUGUAUAAAUGUACUUCUUCGCUUCUCUGGAAUGAUCAAAUAUGGAGAAAUGCUGCAUCGUUGUCAUGGAUACCAUUAAGACAAACUGCUAGUCGGAACUUCCAAACAAUUUCGAAACAUGGCUACCGGGUUUCUCUGCAUUAUGAAGUUAAAAACCCAAAACCUUGUCUCGUCCAAAAAAAACGAACUGUGAUCGUGAGUUGACAGAACAGAAAGCGACUGAAACCGAGGCAAGUUUGAAACAACGUGCAGUCAGAAGAAUCCAAACUUUCGUGAAGUAAUAUCUCAGUGGAUGUCUAUAGACCCGUAUUUAGUGGAAGAAAAAAAAUGUAUAGUGGAUGACUUUUUCUGGCCUUGAAAAGAGGCUAUUGUGUAUCAUUCUCUAUAGCUGCAUUGUAGCAUACAGGAAAAAGUAUUUUCAAUUGAAUAAUAUAAUAUUGCCUUAUUAAUAUUAUAGAUGUUACCAAUGCAGAAUGAUUUAAGUCUAUUAUGACAGUGUUUUUGGGAACUGUUCUAAGUUCACGAGACAAUUUCACGAAACAAUGUGAGGUAAAACAUUAAUCAAACCUCAAGCAAUAGGUUGCAGGUAAAAUAGAUCGAUACAAUGUAGGAGGUUGCUUUUGGAGCACGGGUAACCCCAGACUGGGACAUUGCGUGCAAAAAAACAUGCAAAAGAAAAUCAGGCCAACUUUACUUACUCUUUAGCUGGCAAAAUUCUCCAAAAUUUUCAUGAGGCAAAGACAAGGUCCUCAGUAUUUCACCAGCAAAGUUUGAGGUCUCAGUUCAAUUUUGGAAGGAGACUUUUCUUUAACAAUGUGCACCUGAGAGUGAUGCCAAGUGAUUUCAAUUUGAAGCCUAAGACUAGACUGGU